CCCUUGUUUAUAAUAUAUCCAUUUUAUUAAGUAAAAGCUGACCAGAAAUAUAUACCAACGCUUUCCUGUCCAUAUAUUAAUAGAUUCACCAUAGCUUCACUUGAGGCAUGCAUCCUCGACAAGAGCGCGCAUGCGAUGAGCUCUUCGACAAACUCCAGCUGCAGUCGCCGCCAGUUGAGCAGGAGAAACCUCGACCUCCACGCGUUCGCAGGAUGAGAGAGUUCAAACUUCCACCAAGAUUUUCUUUAUUGUCAAAAGAAUUCUAUGCCUCUUGGUGCAAUCAUCGGAAAGAGUUGCAAAUGGUGGCACACAUAGUGGAAGACCACCCCCCACGAUUGAUCCCGGAGUUGUACCUCAAGCCGCGCCGCCUCAACUACUACGCGCGCCAGCUGGAAGAAAACAUGAACGUCAACAAAGAGUUGCUCAAGCGUAUCAACCUUAUACAGAGAACUGGCGGGUUUGUGGAUUGCUGGCUGGAUCCCGAGAUGUCAGAUACUUAUAACAAACUACUGUGCAAACAGAGGCAGCGAGUGCUCAACGAAAUACGAAGGCAAAAUCUCUAUUUCUACUCCAGAUUACUUGUAGCGAGAUCUGAACAACCUCUUACUAAAGAACUUGAAGCAUUAUGGGAAGAUACAAAACACAAACUUAUUUUGGGAGCAUCACUACCCUUCAUCCUGUUCAAGACUGAGAAAAUAGAUCGCGAUAUAAAAGACCCCGCCUUUGACAAUCCUCAGCGCGUACAACGUACCAAGAUUUCCAUGGAGAUCUGGGUGGUAGGCGGGUCCAAGAUUGGAAAAGUGUUAAUAGAACUCUUCACGGAUAUAGUGCCAAAGACGUGCCAGUUUUUUCUUAAUUUAAUACGAGGCGAUGGUGAUGGGCACGCCUACAUGGGCACUAGACUUUUUAGAAUUGUACCAGACUUGUACUGCCGCGGAGGUGAUGUCACGAAAGACAACGGAUUCGGCACAUAUGUCCCUGGCGGGGAGCAAGAACCGAUGAUCCCGGAGAGUUUUCGACUUAAACAUUCCGUACCGGGAGUUUUAUCGAUGGUCGUGAGCGCUGGUAAUGAAGUCUAUGGUCAAUUUAACAUUAUCUUUAAGCCUUUACCUCAAUUUGACGGCAAACAUGUUGUAUUCGGCAGAAUAAUAGCCGGACCAGCACAAACCCUGGAGCGUAUCAGUGCCCUCGGGCUGCCUCUGGGCAGCACCACGGCCGACUGCGUGGUACGCUAUUGCGGCUGGUUCACCCGCACGGGCCAGUACCGCGAUGGCACCCCCAACACUAUCAAGUUCCCACCACGGCGCAAAGUUAAGAAGUAGGAGGCAGACUACCAUUAGAUUCCAGUAAAAGCUGAACGAAAGCUGACGCCUACAUACAUAUAUUGCAAGUUAAAGGUCAACAUUAGCCCGUAUCUUAAUUCGCAUAAUCAGGUUUUUUUUAAAAUGGCGCGAACUGUUAGUUUUUCCGAAUUAAAAUGUAUCCUAUGUCUGUCUGUUUUCUAGGGCUAGCAUGCUAACUAGCCACGAGAAAAUUAUGUCUGCGUAUUAUCUACCAUUCACUUAUUUUCAGCCCUUUUCGUCUUUCUCUAAUCGAGUAUCUUUUCGUAAGUUUACGAGGCCUUCAUUUUACAUAAUAGAAAAUCAAAUAAACUUGCAUUGUUAGUUAUGAAAUAUGUUAAUAGGUAGAUAAAGCCUGUCUGUGUGUACCCAAAUAAUUAAAGUAUAUAAUUAAACAACAGUUGUGAUUUGCACGUGAACCAGCUAACUAUCAAUAUACUAUAUACAUCAUGGUGAA